UUAGAAGUGUACCCUAAUCAUAUUAUAAAGGGUUUAUGCCAAAUUUUACCAGACAUUCACGUAAUGGGGGAGCUGAGGAAGGAUCAUGAGGCUUAAAAUAAUUAAAACCGAUGUUCAAGUUUGAACCGUUGUCUGUUUCAAAAUUGACUGGUUGAAUAACUGGAGCUUCUCAUAUUUACAGAUUGAAGGGGCACCUAAUUGGGCAUAAGCUUCGAGAAAAGGCGAGAAAUCGAAUUGAGCAGCAAGAAUGGCAAACAAAGAUGCAUCAAUUUGCGCAAAGGCAGGGUCAUUGUGCGGCAACUCCGCUUUCUCUGGGAAGGCUCUGUGGCAGACUUCAGUUUACGACUUCGAGAGUCUCGAAGAUAUAAAUUCUGCCCGCUACGUCUACAGACGUUAUGGUUCUCCCAACUCUGAUGAGCUCGCGAAGGCCGUGGCCCUUCUUGAGGGUGCCCAGCAAGGUUUGGCGACUACUUCUGGCAUGGGAGCUUUAGUGGCAGCAAUUUUAUCUAUCUGCAAGGCAGGUGAUCAUAUUUUAGCACAAUUCGACUGCUAUGGUGUCAGUCGAGAAUUUCUUGAGAUUGAUGCACCACGGUUUGGGAUAAAGACACAGUUCAUUGAUGUGCACAAUGUGCAAACUCUUGAGUUUGCUCUCAAGAACUCUGUUAUACAACGUGAAACAGUCAAUGGGAGUACACUCCCUGCAGAGAACAAUAAAAAUAACAUAAUUGUCUUCCUGGAGUCAGUUACUAAUCCCUGUGUCAGAGUUGCGGAUUUGCAGUCCAUUUCUACCGUAUGCAAAAUGUAUGGAGCAUUCCUCAUUGUGGACAACACCUUUCCUACCCCUCUAAAGAUCAAACCUCUGAAGCAGGGUGCUGAUAUGGUUAUUCAUUCAGUGACAAAAUUUCUUGGUGGCCAUAGUGAUCUGGUUGCAGGUGUGUUAGUAGGUUCUUCUCAUCAUAUAGAGUUAGCCUCAAAGUUGGCAGGUCGUUGGGGGCUGAUUGCUGCUCCAUUUGAUUCAUGGCUUGCCACAAAGGGAAUUACAACACUGCAGGUCAGAAUGGAGCGUGCAUUGUCAACAACUGCUGAAUUGGCAAGACGAAUACUUUGCAGCUCAAUACCUAGAAAGCUAAAUUGGACACCCGAUUGUGCUAUGAUGUCCAUUGAACUACCAGGUGGACUGGAUGGUGCCAGUAGAGCUUUGUCAAGCUUCAAGAUGAUAAAGUUUGCACCAAGCCUAGGAGGAACUACAACCACUGUUUCCCAUCCAGUUUCUACUUCUCACAAAUCCGUCCCCCCUGCUGAGAGGGAAGCGAUGGGAAUAACUGAUGGGAUGAUUCGCUUAUCUAUAGGCCUGGAAGAUGUAGAAGAUAUAUGGAUUGAUAUAGAGCGUGGCCUUUUUGCUGCUGCUGCUACUGAAAAAACAUCAGAUUGUUGACUUCCUUUCAUGGCCAUUCAGUGUUUCCUUGGGACUUGCAAUUUGCAAUAAAUGCGUUUUAUGCAAUAUUAGCAUUAAUUACAAGGUAGAAUGCGAAAUAAAUUUUAUAUC